UUGCUGAGUCCCGCCCUCGCAACUCUCCGUUUUCUGAACAACUCGCCCCCGUUUUGGGUGUUCGAUGUUCAGAGAAACCCUUUACUACAUGGGUUGAUGAAGCGCACCAUGUACAAUCACUUCUGCGCUGGCGAAAACCAAGCCGAGGUGACUUCGACCAUCAGCGAAAUCAAGCGGAUGGGAUUCCGUGGAGCGAUUCUUACUUACGCCCGCGAGAUUGUUGUCGAUAAUCGAACUGAGGAAGAAGUUGGGCGAGGAAUGAAAGAGGAAAGCACUGCAUCAGAGACCGAGAAGGACUCUGGUAUUGAUGCAUGGCGCGAAGGAGUAUUGACUACGGUAGAAAUGCUCGGCGAAGGCGACAUUCUGGCUCUCAAACUCACGGGUGCCGGCCCGGCGGUAUCUGAGACCCUGUCAUCAGGCCGACCUCUUCCAAAGCAGAUGAAAGAAGCACUCGCCGAAGUAUGCUCCCGGGCCGUCGAGAGAAAGGCUCGCAUCUUCGUGGAUGCUGAGCAAGUCAAAGUACAGCCCGGAAUAGACACGGUGGCGCUCGAUCUCAUGCGCCAAUUCAAUACGAACGGUAAAGGUGCUGUGGUAUAUAACACAUACCAGGCGUACCUCAAAAGCACGCCCGAUACUCUUUACGAGCACAUGAAGGUAGCCAAAAAUGACGACUUCGUUCUCGGGGUCAAGUUGGUUCGCGGCGCUUACAUCAGUUCCGAGCCACGCCAUCUGAUCAACGACACCAAAGAGGAUACGGACGAUUCAUAUGACAGCGUCGCAAAGGGGCUCUUAUCCCAGAGUUAUAGGGACUUUGGUGCGGCUGGAGGCGAGACAUUUCCCCAGCUGGAGCUUUUCCUCGCCACGCACAACAAGCACAGUGUUCUCGCCGCCAACGAACUGCAGCAGUCUAGAGUCAAAAGUGGGCAGCCGUUGACGAAGAUACAGUACGGACAGUUACUCGGUAUGGCCGAUGAAGUGAGCUUCAGUCUGUUGCAACAGGCGGACGUCGAGCUGAAGGAAAAGGGAGCAAAGGGAAUGGCUCCAGUUGAGGUGUACAAAUGCCUGAGUUGGGGUUCUUUGGGGGAUUGCCUUUCGUAUCUCCUCAGACGAGCUGUAGAGAACCGGGAUGCUGUGUCUCGUACGAAGUCCGAGUUUGAGGCGUUGAAGACCGAGGUGAACACGGCAAUCGAAAGGGCGUUGGAGGCAAAGUCUACUUGGGAGAAUAAGUCCUUCACUGAUCGUGCGGCGGUGUUCCUUCGCGCCGCCGAGCUCAUUGCGGGUAAGUAUCGCCACGACAUCAUGGCCGCGACAAUGCUGGGGCAGGGAAAGAAUAUCUGGCAAGCCGAGAUCGACUCGGCAGCUGAGAGUUGUGACUUUUUGCGGUUCAACGUCCACUACGCCUCUGAGCUGUACAAGCAGCAAAACACCAUGAACGAUGCUGGAGUCUGGAAUCGAACCGAGUAUCGCCCUCUUGAAGGCUUCGUCUAUGCCAUCAGUCCCUUCAACUUCACAGCAAUCGGCGCCAACCUGACAGUGGCCCCGGCCAUCAUGGGAAACGUCGUCCUAUGGAAGCCUUCCGACUACGCCCUGUACUCAAGCCAUCUCCUCCUCAAGAUCUUCCAAGAAGCCGGCCUCCCGCCCAAUGUCAUCCAGCUUAUCCCUGGGGAGCCUGAAGCUAUCACCUCAACCAUCCUCCAGCAUCCCAAAUUCGCCGCCCUCCAUUUCACCGGCUCAACGGAUGUGUUCAGACAGCUAUACGGCAAGAUUGGAGCAGGCGUUGCGGAGGGGAGGUACGAGAGCUAUCCCCGUGUGGUUGGCGAAACGGGCGGCAAGAACUUCCAUCUCGUUCAUGGCAGUGCGGAUGUCCGGAACGCCGUGGUCAACACCAUUAGGGGCGCCUUUGAGUAUCAGGGGCAAAAGUGCUCGGCGACGUCUCGUCUGUAUGUCGCGGAGUCAGUUUGGCCGGAGUUCAAGGAGAUGCUUCUGAAGGAGACCAGCCAACUGAAGGUUGGUUCGCCUGAGGAGGCCGACAACUUCAUCGGACCGGUUAUUCAUGAACGAUCUUGGAAAAAGCUCGAGGCGGUCAUCGAUCAGGCAAAGAACGACCCUGAAGUCGAACUCUUGGCUGGCGGUGUCGCCGACAAGAGCAAGGGCUGGUUCGUCUCGCCUACCAUCUUCCAAACGAGCAACGCUGCGAAUGAUUUGAUGAAGACGGAGUUCUUCGGGCCCAUCCUGACUGCCUACGUCUACCCUGACGAGAAGUACGAGGAGCUACUUCCCGUCAUUAAUUCGACAACGCAGUUUGGCUUGACGGGCGCGGUUUUCGCCCGGGACAGGGAGGCCAUUGAGGCCGCAGAGAAGGGCUUGCGUCACUCUGCUGGUAACUUCUACAUCAACAGCAAAAGCAGCGGCGCGGUUGUCGGACAUCAGCCGUUUGGGGGCGGUCGAGCCAGCGGAACCAACGACAAGGCCACGAGCACCAAUCUCCUAGCACGCUUCACCAGCAUCCGGAGUCUGAAGGAGGAUUUUGUUGGCGCCGAUACGGUCUUAUACCCGUCUAACGAAGUGUAA